GAGUAGAGAGACUCCAUACGCAACUACUAAAACUAAAAACCAAACGAACGUUGAUGCCUUUCGUUUCUCUCCCGUUCAAAUUUUCUUCUUCGCCUCUCUCUCUCUUUCUCUGCAAAUCGUGACUUGCCAAUGUAAAUGACAAAUGUGCUUUUGAUAUAUAUACACAUAUAUCUAGAGAUUUAGAAAGAGAAGCUGAGAGAAGGGGAGAAGGAGCGAGGCGGAGAACGCAACGAUGAUAACGCGUUCGAAUCUGGCGGAACAGCUGAGGGAAUAUCAGAUUCGAUCCAAGCAUGAUUGGGCUUCUGUCUCUUUCUUCUCCUCCACUUCUAAGCCUACUUCUUCAAGGGUGGACGUUGUGGUCUUUGUAAUAUGGGAACUCGUCAUUUUAGCUUUCCUGGUUUUCUCAGCUGUUUCAUUAUAUUUCAGGCAUUUGACACUUGCUCUUAUCUUAGCUUGCGUCACAUCACUACUGCUUUUAUGUAUGAAAAUUACAAAGCAAGUAAGACUGGCCAGGAAAAAGAGGCGAAGGAUGCUUCUUCCGCUAUCCAUGUAGAAAGUCCAUGUAGUUGCAAUUCUUUUUGAAAUCACCAAAUUAUGUUGUGUGAUUUGUGAGAAUUCAUGACCAUGGCUUUUGGUCCAUCUUCUCUUUUUCCGAUUUUGGGGUUUUAUUGGCAUAUGUAAUUGUAAUUAAAAGAGUUCAUUAAAGAAUACAAUUGAUGUGAUUACUUCAAGAUGAGAGAUUCAAAGUAACAUACUUUAUUUUCUUGUUUC